GAGCUCGAGCGAACCGAGCGCAAUGUUAUUAUUGUGUUGUUGUUGUUGUUGUUGCUGUGUAGUUGGGGCACAUUAUUAUAGAGGGUAUAGCUUAUAGCAUGCGUGUACUUUUUGUUUUUGGCUUGGUAUGAAGGUAUUGUGUGUCUCUACUUUAUAUUGAUGGUGAAUUAAAUUCGAGUGUUUUGCCAUAUCAAAAUGUGCGAAAUCAUUUCAGUCAAAUUCAGACACUCGUCGUGCUGGGAAGAGUUUUUCCCACUUUUUUCAAAGAUCUUAUAUUAGUUUCCUUAAAAUACAAUACAAAAGAAAAAAGAAACAACAAAAACAAAAAACAAAAAACACGGAUGAGCGAAUUUGUGGAAUUCUGCGAGUGUAUCUCUAAUAAUUUACCAAUACCUUCCCAAUCUACCUACCGACCUAACUUACCACACGUCAAUUGAUUUGAUUUGAUAACUCGUGUCACGUCUCUGCGUCUCUAAGUUCGUUAUUUAGCUUUUUAAUUGGUCAUUAAUUAUUUAGAAGCGAGUGCCGUGCUGCACCUCGCAACGCCAAGCCACGCUUAGCCACGCCGGCCAAAAAGCAGAAGUAGUAGCAGCUGAGUCAAGCCUCUGCCGGCAGCAAAUAGAAUUAAAAAAAUUUAAUUGAGAGAUCACAAAGCACACUAACGCACGCGAUCACAAUGAUUGUUGUUUGUUUAUUUUUGUUUUGCCGCGAAAAAAGAAACCGUUGAUUAAUUGCGAUUCGAUGAGAUUUGUGUCUGAGUCUGUCGGUUGGUGGUCUAGUGGCAGCAGCAGACAAGGCCUUGAGAACCAUGAGAAAUGACAAAAUACAAGAAACUAGUGCGAUGUGAUAAAGUGAACAGAUAUAUUUUAAGCGCCAUCUAUUGUUUACGAUCUAAUUAGGUAUGUCAACUGAAACACCGCCCCCACGGGCGGCGUCACGGACUUCGUCGCCCUACCAUCAGCAGCUGCAACAACAGCAACAGCAGCAACAACAGCAUCACAUGCAUCCCUCGUCAUCAUCAUCGUUAUCGUCGUCGGGAGAGAAACGUUGUUUGACUCCUUUCGCGGGUCACCAUUCGCCUCCACCGCGACCGUCUUCGGUGAUGCCUCUGCCCUCGUCUUCGUCACCACAUCACUGUGUGGGUUCGCCACCUACUAUAGCCACUCCGACAAGCAACACAAAUUACAAGCCAUCUUCUUCAUCAUCAGUAUUAUCGCCGCCAAUGAUGCCGGCUCCCCCAUCAACUCCAGAGUCUACCACUAAUGUAAGCAAUAACAAUAAUAACCCCCCUCCUCCGUCUUCAUCGCCCCAAAGUGCGACGGCUACACCAACCCCAACCCCACCAAAUCAGCAGUUCUGUCUUCGUUGGAAUAAUUAUCAAACGAACUUGACGAGCGUCUUCGAUCAACUGUUGCAGAACGAGUCGUUUGUGGAUGUAACGUUGGCCUGCGAUGGGCAGUCGAUCAAGGCGCACAAGAUGAUUCUGUCGGCAUGCAGCCCCUACUUCCAGGCGUUGUUCAUUGACAACCCCUGUCAGCACCCCAUCAUAAUUAUGCGCGACGUUAAGUGGCCCGAGUUGAAGGCGAUUGUGGAUUUUAUGUACAAGGGCGAGAUUAACGUGAGUCAAGAUCAGAUCGGUCCGUUGCUGAGGAUCGCUGAAAUGUUGAAAGUAAGAGGCUUGGCUGACGUCAACGGGGAAAAUAGUGGUAGUAGUGCUAGUGAGGCACAGACGACCCCGAGUGCUCCGCCGCGGAGAAGUGAAGAGGCGACGACAAGUGGCAGUAGUCAGAAUGUUAAUCCUCGUGAUUCAUCAUGCUCGGCACCGCCUCCAUUCAUUGAGCCCGAGUUGGCGUCGAAAAAACCUCGCCUGUCGCGUGACUGGGUUGAGCUUGAUGUGACGUUGCAGCAGCAACAACUUUUACAGCAGCAUCAUCAGCAACAACAGCAGCAGCAACAACAACAACAGCUACUGCAGCAGCAGAAUCAACGGAACGUGCGUAAGCGACGUUGGCCAUCGGGAGAACCAUAUGGGGCGCCUAGCCCCGUUGGUGGGCUUCAAUUGGCGCAUGAAAAUCGCUGCGACAUGUCAUCGCCGCUGUCAUCGUCAAAUGCGACAAUUACGGCUACUGGAACAAGCAGCGCGCCACCACCGACAUCUGUCACACCGAAUCCGUCGCAACAACAAGCUGUCGCACCGCCUCCCCCGACUCCUCCGUCAUCGUCGUCUUUGACAGCUUCUUCGUCUUUACAUCAGCACCAGCAACAACAACAACAGCAGCAGCAAUCGCUCAAUCAACAGCAACAGCAACAACCACAGCAGCAACAACAACAACAACAACAGCAGCAACACCAACAUCAACAACAACAACAACAACAACAACAUCAACAUCAGCACCAACAACAACAAAUUGCACACCCGUCCAACGCACUCACGCCGGCUUCGGCAGCAGCCGCGUUCUCUGCACUUGGUGGCGGUGGUCCGCAAAUGGAUCCAAUCGGAUUGUCUGCGGCAGCCGCGGCCGCUGCCGCCAUGGGCAUGAGUCACGUUGACGAUUUGGAAAUAAAGCCCGGAAUAGCUGAAAUGAUACGUGAAGAGGAGCGGGCGAAAUUACUGGAGAACUCACAUUCGUGGAUGGGUGCCUCAACGACUUCAAUUGCUGAUAGCUAUCAAUACCAACUGCAAUCAAUGUGGCAAAAGUGCUGGAAUACCAAUCAAAAUCUCAUGCACCAUCUGCGCUUUCGUGAACGAGGUCCAUUGAAAUCAUGGCGACCCGAAACAAUGGCCGAAGCCAUUUUUAGUGUUUUGAAAGAGGGCCUCUCUCUGUCGCAAGCUGCACGCAAAUAUGACAUUCCAUAUCCUACGUUCGUUUUGUACGCCAAUAGAGUUCAUAAUAUGUUAGGGCCUUCAAUAGACGGUGGCACUGAUCUGCGACCAAAAGGUCGAGGGCGUCCACAACGAAUUCUUUUGGGCAUUUGGCCAGACGAGCACAUAAAAGGUGUAAUCAAAACUGUGGUAUUUCGUGAUGCUAAGGAGUUGAAGGACGAGGGUCUGCAUUUGCAUUAUGGACGCCAUUCUCCCGUGUUUCCAUUUCAAGACAACGCGCUUAACUACCCAGGAGCACCGGGCUGCCCCAAUGGUCUCCCAGCGGGCCCUGUUGGUCCUUCUGUAGCUGAUUCAAUGUCUCAAGAAGCAACUGCAGCUGCUGUGGCGGGUGUGGCGCACGCGCUGCGUCAACAAAUGCAAAUGGCUGCUGCAGUUCAACAACAACAACAACAACAUCAACACCACCCACAUCAUCAGCAACAACAUCCCCAUCAACAACCAUCCCAUCAGCAUCAUCAUCCGGAAACAUCUUCCAAUAUUUUCAACUUACCCGCACAUAUGUCGCCCCAUGGUAGUGCCAGCGGGAUUCCAUUACCAAAGCAAAGUUCCCCCAUUUCAAGUGGACCUGGACAGAAUCCAAUGCAGAGGCAUGCUUCACCGUCCGCGUCAAACAUGCCUGGUCUUCCUAACCUAAACUUAGCCAAUAUGCCGGGUCUUCACAUGGUCCCGGGCAUAGGACCGAGUAUGAGUUCAGGAGGAGGAGGAGGAGGUCCUUCGUCAUCAACUUCCUCCCUACACCGAGGAGAGGGCCCUCCACAAUCAAGCCACCAGUCCAAUAUCUCACCUGUCCAUAAUCUGUUCAGCAGCAGCAGUAGUUCAGUACACAAUCCCCAACAUCCGGUGGCUCCGCCGUCCAGUAGUAGUAAUCCACGACUCCAUCCGACCUCACCCUCGGACUCAGCGCACGAUCUCCGGAUGAACAGUCCCGACGAGAACCUGCUCAGCUCUCCAUUGCAAAUGUCCCUUGAGCCAGCUGUCAAUUUGGCCGUUGGUGUAAGCGGAAUGGCCUACAAACCAUCACGAGGCUACUCCUCACCACGUCCAGAACAUCUGUUUCAAGAAGAUAUUGCAGAGCUUGUCGGUUCUGCCAGUGAUAGAUCCUCAGCAUGUCCUUCCAACUUAAACAACUACAAGGAUACACCGGCAAAUAUUAAACUAGAACCUAUCACAGAAUGUCGGAGCGAAUAAAAGGGUUCAACUAUAAAUGUAAGUCUUAGUAUAUCCAUAAAAACAAAACAACAACUUUUCUUUUCCUAUAAUAAUAAAGUUAAAACAAAAACAUAUAAAUCCAUUAUCCAUAAGAAAUUUUAUUUAAACAAAUUUAAAUAAAAAAUAAAAUUAUAAUUAAGCAAACCAACCUAAUUAAUAGUAAAACAAAAUACAUUCUAUUUAUAUAAAUCCAAUGUGCAAUAGAAAACUUGAUAAAUUUUAAUUUUUAAAAUAAUAUAACUCUGCUCUGUAUGUAUAAACAAAAAGAAAAAUUAAAUAUGUUAACCCACAAAAACUGACAAACAAACAAAAAAAAAUAUCGUUAUAUUUUACAAAAAUUCCAAAAAACGGGCUGUUUUGAAAUGUUUUCUUCUUAAUUGUAGAAUCAAAACCAUUCCAAACCAAAUUUAAAUAAAUUAACAAAAACAAAAAUUUCAUAAUAUCUUACUAAUAUAACAUUAACAACAAAAACAUCCUACAGUGUGCGUUUAUAUUUUUUACUUAUAAUUUUACUUUUCAAAGAAACUUUGGAACAAAAUUUAAACAAAUAUUUGGAAAAUAUAAUGUAUUUCAAAAAAGCAUAGUACAAAAAAAGUAUAAACAUUUUGGACUAGAAAAAUUUUUUAAAUAUAAAAAUCAAAAAAAAAAUCAAAAUCGUUGCCUAUAUUAAAAAUAAAAUUUUUAGAUACUCGAAAUUAAAUGCCUUGGGAAUUAUAUGGAAAAAAAAUAAUUUUGAAAUGUAAAACAAAAAGAAAUUUAAAAAAAUAUAUACCUACUAAAUUUAUGAAAAUUUAAGAAAAAAAUAUUUAUUCAAAAUUGAAGAAACAAAAAAGAGAAAAAAAAAGAAUUAUUAUAUCGAAUAAGUUAAGGAAAUUAAAACUGAUACGGCCUCGUUGAGUAAACUCGGCGCUCUAUUAUUUUUUAAUUAAUUUUUUAAAUUUAUCAAUUUUAGGAACAUUUUUAGUUACAAAGGCAUUUCCUUUAAGUUGAGGUAUCAGUCCUUAGCACUUGAUUAAAGAGUUAAAAACAUAACAAGAAACUUAAGUUCAAAAAUGUAAUCCCAAUUCUUCAAUUUUGCUUUUGGACAUAAUUUUGACUGUUGGGGUCAGUUACAGCUUUAAUUGGUUUUGAUUAUUAUUUAAGAAAAUCAUUGGAUUUUGUUGACGGAGAGUUUAUAGCUUUCAUUGGAAAUGAAAUACACCGUACAUUAAUCUUUCAUUAGAAUGGUGUGGAAUUGGAACAGAAAUAAGUGGAAUGCUUAGUUUAAGGCGCCAGUUAUAGCUAUCAUUUGUUUUUCACCAUUGAAAACAAACAUUGGAAUUGUCUUGACAGGUCGUUUAUAGCUAUCAUUAAAAGUUUCUGUCAUUGAUAACAAUUUCAUGAUUGAAAUCCACCGAAAAACUUUUACUGACAGAAAUCUGCCAUUGGAAUUGUGUGAAAUUGGAACUCAUAUCAGUGGAACGAUUCGUUUCAUUUUUGAACAUAAAAGUAUCAGCUGUUCAGGAAAUGAAUUUCCGUUGUGAAAAUAGGAAAAUGAAUUUAGUGAGAAAUAUCUGUGUAAUAACACUUUAAAAAAAAAAUCUUUAAGUGAUUUCCCAUGGAUCAGUACAAAAUUUUCAUUUUCAUUCAAAAAAAUAUCCGCAUUAGUUUUCGUCAUUUAAAAUAUUUUCAUUUGAGAUUUAAGGGCCGGUAAAAGCUAUCAGUAAAAUGUUUGCUUUUAGUUUUUGAACAUGUUACAGAUUUAUUUCUAGCAAAAAAUUGAUGCAAUAAGAUGAAUCCUAUAUUCAAGUAUGUUUUUUUUUUUAAAGAAACAUCGCUUUUCAAGUUUUGUUUAGUUUAUAAAUCCAUUUUAAUUUUGUUUAAUGAUGAAAUUUCAUUUUACUGAACAGCUGACUGCCAAAAGCCUUCUAUUGGUUUUCCAAUUUUUUACUGUUCCGAUCAUAUCGUUAAAAAAUUUACUGAUGAAAGGAACAGUACAAAAAAUGUCUGAGGCUCGAUGUUUUGAUCGAAAGAUAACAUCAUUUUCCUUACCCAUGUAUCUUCCGAGCAUGAAAAAGCGGAGAAGCUCUUUUAUUUAUUAUACUCAAAGCUGUUGCAAUCAAUAAAUUUUGUUUACCCAUGAUAAGAUCAACUUAAUUUCACAGAAGCAGAAUCGAUAACAAACAAAUAAAUUAAAAAAAAACAGAUGGCUCAUUCACAAAGCUACUCAAUUUUGUCAUAUUAUUGACAAAUACAAAUACAUAAAAUAAGAUACAUUUGUGUUUUCAGAACUUUAAAUAUUUUUUUUCAUUUUAAAUUCAAUUAAACCAAAUAGAAGAUAUAAUAAACUGAUUUGUAUUUGUAUUUAAAUUCCGAAAGAUUCAUUUCAUUCUUGUGUCUUUACCGAGCAGCUGAUUGUGAAACGUCAAAACCAGUGUGCACUAACUUUAUAGCCGAAAUUUGUACACUACGUCAGAGGGGAAAUUUCAACUACUUUUGUAGUUAGAUUUAUCCAAUCAGAAUCCCUUGACUACGUAGCCACUAGCUUUGUGAAUGCGACCCAACUCUUGAAAUAGAAAUUUCAAAGUGACAUUUAAAUUAAUAACGUAAAUUUACUGAUUGCUAUAAACGCACAUCAGUAAAACAUUUCAGAUUCCUCAUCUUUCAAAUUUUACUGAUAGAUAUAACCGGCCCUUUACAGUUGAACCGCUGAUCUUUGAUUGCGAACAAAAUCGUUCCAUUAAGAGUGGACCAUUUUCCUUGUUUUCCCAAUUCUCAGUUUUACUUUCAAUGAACACCUCUAAGGGGCCGUUUAAAGCUAUCAGUAAAUACUGAAACAGCAGGAAUUUUUAAUGUUUAACUCAUCGUUUUUAGCAAUCGGUACACAUACAAACGUCAUUAAAUUCGAAGUAUCAAAUAACCUCCUCUUUGCUGCUGAUUUUAUCACUAAUUUUUGUUACUGAUGCCUUCGAAACCAUAUAGAAUCGGAACACUAUCCGUAAAACGAAAUGGAAUUUUGUUCGCAUUUUGGAGUCAACUGUUUAGCAUUGCAAAAAAAACAUUGGAAUUUUCUUGACAGAUCCUUUAUAGCUAUCAUCAAAAAUUUUCUGUCAUUGAAAAAAAUUUCCUGAUUGAAAUCCACCGCACAUUUUUUACUGACGGAAAUCUGUCACUUUUAUACAUAAAAGUGUCAGCAGUUCUUGAAAAUAAAUGUCCGUCAGUAAAAUAGAAAAAUACAUUUUUAGAGAUAAAUAUAUGCGCAAUUACACUUAUUAUUCUUUAAAAAUAUUCUUUGUGUGAUUUCCGAUCAAUCAGUAUAUAAUUUUCAUUUCUAAUCAAAGGUAAACACCGUCAAAUAUCGAUUCAAAAAAAUUUCCGGAUCAAUUUCAAUGAUAGCUACAUAUAACUGGCCCAUUAACCAUGAGCGUUUUUAGCCAUCAGUACACAUACGUCAUUUAAUUCGAAGUAUUAAAUAACCUACUUUUUGCUGUUGAUUUUAUCACUAAUUUUUGUUACUGAUGUCAUCGAACCAUACAGAAUUGGAACACUAUCCGUAAAACAAAAGCUAUCAGUAAAAUCCAUCAGUACAAUUUGAAACAGGAGGAAUCUGAAAUGUUUUACUGAUGAGCGUUUAUAGCAAUCAGUAAAUGUACGUCAUUAAAUUAAAUGUCACUUUGAAGCUUCGCGCCUCAGACAAUUUUUUUACUGUUGCUUUCAUCAGUAAAAUUUUUAUGUUUGAUUUGAGAACA